AAAAUGGUUGGAGAGUCAACGUCGACUCAAGUGUUACGGGAUUUGGAAAUCUCGUUACGAACAAAUCACAUAGAGUGGGUGAGGGAGUUCCUGGACGAGGAGAACCAAGGCUUGGACGCCCUCAUAGACUACCUCAGCUUCAGGUUACUCAUGAUGAGGCACGAGCAACGUCUCCUGGAAUCCCACGCAAGUUCCGAGGAAAAAUUGCAAACCGUUGGUUCCGGGGAUACUUCACCCUUAAAUAACGGUUGCCUGAGGCCACCGCUCCAUGAGCUCAAGGAUAGCCCUGGCGUUAAAAGGAGAUCUCGGCACGUGGCGCGCCUGAAUAUGGGCGAAGCGAAAGACGACAUUCACGUCUGCAUAUUGUGCAUGCGUGCCAUCAUGAAUAAUAAGUAUGGAUUUAACAUGGUCAUUCAACAUCGUGAGGCGAUUAACUGUAUAGCACUCAGUUUAAUGCACAAAAGUUUAAGAACAAAGGCUUUAGUGCUAGAACUUCUUGCUGCUAUCUGUCUGGUAAAAGGUGGCCAUGAGAUUAUUCUGUCAGCAUUCGACAACUUCAAGGAAGUUUGCUCGGAACGUCGACGAUUUACUACGCUUAUGGCAUAUUUUACCCAAUAUGAUAGUUUUCACAUAGAAUUCAUGGUUGCUUGUAUGCAAUUCGUAAAUAUUGUGGUUCACUCGGUGGAAGACAUGAAUUUCAGGGUUCAUCUGCAAUAUGAAUUUACCAAGCUUGGCUUGGAUGAAUAUCUUGAGAAACUCAGGCAUACCGAGAGCGAGGAUUUGCAGGUUCAAAUCUCUGCGUAUCUAGAUAACGUAUUCGAUGUAGCUGCCUUAAUGGAAGACAGUGAAACUAAGACUGCUGCGUUAGAAAAAGUAGCUGAAUUAGAAGACGAAUUGGGUCAUGCACACGAUAGAAUGACAGAAUUAGAAAGAGAAUCGCUUGCAAAAUUAGCGGAAUUAGAGACUGAAUUAGGUGCAUUAAAAGUGGAAUAUGCCGAUGCUGUGGAAGCUCGACGAUUGGCUGAAGAAGAACUCACAGCUUUGAAAAGGCAAAAGCAAGAUUCUGCACGAAGGCAGAGCGUUUUAGAAAACAAAAUUAUUGAAUUAGAAACACUUACUGGCACACUUACGAAGGGUUCUUCGGCCAAUCUUCGAAAUGGAUGUGCAACAAGCCCUGUUAGCAAUUCGGAUAACGUCACUUCCUCCACUCUUAAUUCCACUCCGUCUCCAACAUUGGAAGAACCACCUCCAUCCGCUCCAGCGCCACCGCCACCACCUCCGCCUCCAUGUCCACCACCGCCUCCUAUGGCACCUCUUUCUCCCGGAGAUCAAAAAUUACCACCACCUGCACCUAUACCUCCACCACCUGCUGGCAUGAUGCAAGCACCGGAUGGAGCAAUGACCAUUAAACGAAAGGUUCAAACGAAGUACAAACUUCCCACACUUAAUUGGAUUGCUCUGAAGCCUAAUCAAGUACGAGGUACUAUUUUCAAUGAAUUGGAUGAUGAUCGGUUGCACAGUUAUAUAGACUUCUCCGAUUUCGAAGAACGAUUUAAAAUCGGAAUGGGAAGUCACGUUGCUAAUGGUAAUAACGAAAUAGACGGUCUUCAAAGCUUUCCUAGUAAAAGAUUUAAGAAACCGGAAAAUGUGUCACUCUUAGAACACACCAGAUUACGAAAUAUUGCUAUAUCACGAAGAAAGAUGGAAAUGCCAGUAGAGAAAGUAAUUAUGGCAGUAAAUGCUCUUGACUUAAAAGUACUUUCGCUGGAAAAUGUAGAAUUGUUACAACGCAUGGUGCCUACGGAUCAAGAAAUAAAAGCAUAUAGGGAAUACAUCAUAGAAAAGAAAAAUGUUAAUCUUUUAACGGAAGAAGACAAAUUUUUAAUGCAACUCGGUAAAGUAGAAAGGAUAUCAACGAAGCUGUCCAUUAUGAAUUAUAUUGGAAACUUUUUCGACAAUUUACAUCUUAUUACUCCUCAAAUACAUGCUGUGAUAUCUGCUUCGAGUUCGGUUAAAAGUUCAAAGAAACUAAGAGCAGUAUUAGAAAUUAUCCUUGCCUUCGGAAAUUAUUUAAAUAGUAGUAAACGAGGUCCAGCAUAUGGAUUCAAACUUCAAAGUUUAGACACAUUACUCGAUACAAAAUCAACGGAUAAGAGAAUGUGCCUUUUACAUUAUAUUGUAGCAACAAUACGAGUUAAAUUUCCAGAAUUGAUCAAUUUUGAAUCGGAACUUAUGUAUAUCGAUAAAGCUGCAACCGUCUCGUUAGAAAAUAUAACUACUGAUGUUCACGAAUUAGAAAAGGGUAUGGAUCUUGUAAGGAAAGAAUUUGAACUUCGUGGUAAAGAAAAGCAUAAUACUGUCCUGCGUGAUUUCUUAAAUAACUCUGAAGAAAAAUUACGUCGCUUAAAAUCUGAUGCUCGUGCUGCCGGUGAAGCAUUCCGAGAAUGCGUUGAAUUUUUUGGAGAAAGUCCCAGACAAGCUGAUGCUAAUACAUUCUUCUCUCUUCUUGUCAGAUUCGCAAGGGCAUUUAAGGCUGCGGAUCAAGAAAAUGAACAGCGUCGUAGAUUAGAAGCUGCUGCUGCAGAAGCUUUGAACGCCUCAGAAGAUGUUAUUAAACGUAAUAAAUUAAAUCAAAAGAAGCAACAGGACGCUGUGAUAAAUGAACUGAAAAAUAAAACAAGACUGGUUCAAGAGAAGAAGUUAUUGCAGCAGGAUGAGGUUUAUAAUGGUGCUCUGGAAGACAUUCUUCUUGGGCUUAGAUCCGAACCGUAUCGACGAGCGGAUGCAGUUAGGCGUAGCCAACGCAGACGUAUCGAUAAUCAUAGACUCUCUCGCACUGCCGAGGAACUAGAACUCUAAACCAUGUUCCACUCAGUGUUUUUUUUUAUUGUAGAGAAAGCAAGUUAUUUCUGAAGGGAAUAUUUUCACUGCAUUUCUCGUGUUAAU